AUGCAAUUAAAGUGUGCAGAAUAUUUAAAAGAAGCUGUAUUUAUUCAUACCAACAUAGGUGAACACAAAUAUUGAGUAAAUUCGAUUUUCAUUUAUGUCUAAAGCAUGCAAACAGAUUGCAUAAUUGCUGCCUUUUCAAUCGAUGUGGCAUCUAUUGCUUAAACAAGAGAAUCUCUUUUUUUAUAUGUUGAUGCUCUAAUCAAUGUUCGGUUAAAAUAUUAAAAUGCUCUUGGAGUUAAUAAUUGAGAGGUUUGCACCAAUCACGUAGUUUUAAAUUUAGUUCUUAAAUGCUUGUACAUUGGUAUUUUCUCAAGAUACUUACCUCUUGUCAGACGUGAUCAAAAGCCAACUUCCAAACAUCUAUAAAGAGUGUAUAACCUAACUACAAUUCUUUAUCAAACAAAUCCCUAAAAAUGAUUCCAAAGAAGGUUAGUCAGUUGCAGAAUAAAUUGCUUAGGCUUACAAAACCAUCUUAGGAAAUAUCCACGAUUAGAAGGUUACCAUCGAACUCUAUACGAGUCUCCAACAGAUCGUGCAUAAAUGGCCUCUAAUACAUGAAAUCAAUCCCUUAAUUUUCCAUGAAGUCGAAGAAAUAAUUGCAAUGAGAACUCCAAGAAAUGUUGAGAUCUAAUUCUAUGAAGAACCAACUGAAUGCGACAGUCCUACUAAAUCGAACUCAAUUCGAAAGGAAAAUCAGAUCGUAGUCGAAUUAUAGAGGUGGCUCAGUAAAAUGAAUUAUCCUAUUCCCGUGAUCUCCAAAAGAAUUGCCAGCAGUGUAAUAAAUUCAUAGAACAUGUUCAAAUUGAAAGAAAACAUUGAGAUAAUGCUCUUGUUUAUCUAUUGUCCAUUGAAAUAUGACCCUGCUAAUUGUGUACAAUAUUAAACUAUCUUAGUGGAUGAAGGUUGAAUUCGAUCAUAAAAUCAGUUUAAAAGACAUACCCAAUCUUAAGGAUUGUUAUUCCUUGCAAUCACCUGCUCACAUUUAUCACAUCAGAUCAAUUAGAUCAUUACAGAGUUUAACUGACGAAGAGAACCAUUAAAUUAUCGCAAAGGUAAACCCAGCUUAUUUACAAAUUGCUUGUAUGACUAUAUUUAUUGAUUUUUAGUUUCUUAUUUGGCUGAAUGCAUAAAUGAGGAUCAUUUAAAAAAUUGUAAUUUCAAUCAUUUAACAUAAUUAAUGAUAUUUUAUUUAGAAAAAGAAUAAGACAUUUCAAUUUACUUCUGUUUACAUUAUAAUAUCCCUUAUGCUUUUUUGUACUACAUCAAUUAUGAGCAAUCCUCUACAUUUCUCAUUAAUCUCUUCUUAUAAAUUAAUUCUCUGGGCCAUUUUGUUACAGAGCAUCAAUAAAAAUUGUAUGAUUAAGUUUGGUCCUAUUUUAAGGCAGCUAAACUGUUUGAAGAUAUUGUUAAUUUACUAUUGAACCCAAAAAGUAAAUAGGACUUGCUAUUUAAAUGCUCAUAAAACUUUAGGAACAACAAUAUGCUCGAUGCCUUCACUCUACAUCCAGAUUUCCAUCUGAAAGAAAAAGUCUAUUAGUAAAACGAAAAUAAUUUUAAUUUUACUGUUGAAGAAAAGAUACACUUAAAAUGGGACAUAGAUUAACUUAAGCCAUUCGUCUAAAAGAAGACCAUCAAAUAAUUGUCUUUUUUCAACAAAGUUUCAAAUAAGAUCUUACCCCCAAGCAAUGAAAAACCAGCAUCUAUGAUGGAUGUUAUCAGAGUAGCUAUUUAGAAUGCAGAAAUCAUCAACGAACCUCAUAAAAAGAGAUAAUCAAGAGCUACAAGAGAGAAGCUAAUAGUGUUAAGGAGUGCUUCAGUAAUGUUUGAUUUAGAUGAAUAAGAUUCAGUGAAGGAUCCAUUUGUUCCUUAUAACUACAAUCCUAAUCCUUUGGAAUUAAGAGUUGAAACCAAGGAGAGCAAUACAAAAUAUGACUAAAAAUCAGUUUCAUUUAUUAAGGAUAGUCAUAAAAACAUACAGAAAAAACAUUCAAGAAAUAUGUCAUUCUAAUUGUACCCUUUGUCACUGAAAGAUGUCACACUUGGCAAAUGGGACCACGAAUAAAAAUAAGAUUAAUAUCAAAUAGAGAGGUAUACUCAAAAUAAUAUUAAUUUAUUAGUUUGAUGAAGGAUGAACCCUUUUGUUAUAACUUACUUUAGUUUUUGUCAAUAAUAAUUUAGUAAUUGAUAUUAGGAGAUCAUAAGUUGUUUUCUAAGACUCACAAUUUGGAAAGCAGAUAAUAAUUGUUGGGGAUCAUCUUGCUGGAUGAAAAUUGCAAAGUCUUUGACAAUCUAAUGAAGGUAAUAAUUGAUUAUUAUGAUCAAGAUAUACUUGUUUAAGAUUAAGCUAACUCCAUAUGUAAAAGAAAAUAGUUCCGUCAUUUGUGGAUAACUAGUCAAUCUUAUUAUCAAGAAGAAGCCUGAAUAUAUGAACUUUUAAGAUAAUGGCUAAACCUAUAUCGAUUAUCUGUGUAAAGUGAUCAUCAACUCUUUGUCAUGGAAAACCUCCACAACUUAAAUUAUUGAAUUGGACAUCAGCAAAACCUUACUUUGUGAAACACUCUAUCUAUUAAUUGAUUAUGGGAUGAGUAGAGGACAAACGCAAUUACUAAAUAGGAUAACUGCUACCACUUGGAGUUGUCUGAUCGAAAUCUGCAAAUAGUGUUUCCCCAUUCGACCCAAUCAAACCUUUUAAGGGAUAUUUACGAAACUGCUGAAAUUAAAUUUGGAAUUUGGAUCAGAAUUCAACAUCCAUACAAUAUUUAUGAAAUUAAAUUUAUUAAGUGUGGUUAAAUAAUUGGCAGAACUGACACAAUCAAAUUAAGUGUAAAAUAAGAAAUUUAAUUAUUUAAAUGAAUUUAUAAAGUCAAUCUGCAAUUUGAUAUCCAAAUUUAUCAAUAAACAAUCUUCAAAAGAAUGUUAUAGAAUAAUAUAAAGUCUUGAUUCAUGGAAUUACCUUAAAUAGCAAUAUAAAAUUAUAACUCACAACCAUGCAAAUAGUUUUUAUAGUGUAGAUUCGAGAUAAAUUAAUAAUUCAACUCCAGCAACAAGUUAGAGCUAUACAAAAAUCAGAAUUCGAAAAUCUGCCCAUUCCCAACUAUCAAAAGAAUGA